UUGUUUGGGAGUGUACAGUGUACCGGGUUGAUUAUUUUUAUUUUUCCGUAGUGCAAUUAACCGAAAGAUAAAAGCUAUUAUUAGCAGCAUAAUCUUCAUAUUUUACUCAACACUCUAGGUGUUUUCAUCGUUGUGAACAGCAAGGUCAGGAAGUAAGCAAAUAUGAAAAAUAAGAAAGAUAAAGCUAAAAAAUCUGCACCGAAACAAGAAAAUUCCUUGACCCUAAGAUACAUAGUGUUCAUAGUACUAACUGUACUUCCCGUUGCUGCAGCAUACUGUGUGUUCUACUUUUUUGCCACUCCACCGCCUAUGCCGGAGAUGGACCUCAAGACUUGGUGGGGUCCGUACCCCAUUAGUCAGAAACCUGACGUCUCCAUUAGACCUUUCAAAAUUGAGUUCUCUGAUGUGAUAGUGAACGACCUAAAAGAGCGCCUCCUCCACCGGCGUCCCUUUACUCCUCCCCUCGAAGACGCCGGCUUCACCUACGGCUUCAACUCUGACUUCCUGACUCGCGUGCUGGACUUCUGGCAGAACAAGUACGAUUUCAAGCAGCGGGAGCAGUUUCUCAACCAGUACAGGCAGUUUAAGACCAACGUACAGGGCUUGGACAUGCAUUAUGUGCAUGUUAAGCCGAAGGUGGAUGGUGAUUUGAAGUCAGUGGUAGUGCCACUACUUCUCCUACAUGGCUGGCCGGGCUCAAUCCGCGAGUUCUACGAGGUGAUACCAAAACUGACCACGCCGCGAGCUCAGCACGACUUCGUCUUCGAGCUCAUCAUACCCAGCCUGCCUGGCUUCGGCUUCUCACAGGGCGCCUCCAGAGCUGGCUUGGGCCCAGCAGAAAUCGCGGUGGUACUCCACAACCUCAUGCAGCGUAUAGGCCUACCGAAGUACUACAUCCAGGGCGGAGACGCGGGCCAUGCUAUAGGCUCGCACAUGGCAACACUGUUCCCAGAGAACGUACUCGGUUUUCAUACAAACUUUCCCGUACUUACCUUCAACCCGUACGCACAUCUUUUUAACUUUUUAGGUCAAUUCUGGCCUAGCCUCGUGGUCGAGCCAGAGCUUCAAAGCCGGAUGUACCCGUGGGGCGAGAAGACCAAACACCUCAUCGAGGAGUCCGGCUACAUGCACAUCCAGGCGACUAAACCAGAUACUAUUGGCACGGCACUGACUGACUCCCCAGCCGGGCUAGCCGCCUACAUCCUCGAGAAGUUCUCCACAUGGACCGACCCGGCCUUUAGGAAAGCUGGCGAUGGCAACCUGCUCACCAAGUUCUCAUUGACAACCCUGCUUGACAACGUCAUGAUCUACUGGGCUUCAAAUAGCAUUACUACUUCCGUGCGACUAUAUGCUGAGACAUUUGCUAAGAAGCAGCAAAGUCUGAGGCUAGACGAAGUUCCAACGGAAGUACCAACAUGGGGCAUCAAGUUCAAACACGAGCUGGUCUUCCACCCGGACCAGUUCCUGAGGCUGAAGUAUAAGAACUACCUGCAUAGCACCGUGGUAGAAGCUGGUGGACACUUCGCAGCCUUGGAACACCCUGAUAUCAUGGCUGAUGAUGUGUUUGAAGCUGUGGAGGCAUUCCGGCAUUUCCAUGCUAGGAAUAACCCAGAGCAAAAACCGACGACAAUCUACGACUUCACGGUAAAAGACAUCAACGGCGAAAGCGUGAAACUGGACAAAUACAAGGGCUACGUUUUAAUCAUCGUCAACGUGGCAUCCCAAUGCGGAUACACCGACAACCACUAUAAAGAACUCAACGAGCUAUACGACAAGUACGCAGAGAGGGGUCUUCGUAUACUGGCUUUCCCUUGCAACCAGUUCGGUGGCCAAGAACCAGGAAGUCUUAAAGAUAUCCUAACCUUUGCUAAAAACAAAGGAGCUAAAUUCGAUUUGUUCGAAAAAGUAGAGGUGAACGGAGACAACGCUCAUCCGUUAUGGAAAUUUUUGAAGGAGGUUCAAAGUGGGACGCUAACUAACGCUAUAAAAUGGAACUUUUCUAAGUUCAUCGUGGAUAGGAACGGGGUGCCUGUGGAACGGUUUGGGCCGAGCACUAGCCCGUUGGAGCUGGAAACUUAUUUGGCUAAGUAUUGGUGAUGGGUUUUGCCACUUGAACGGUUACGGGUCAUUUAGUGCGUCCGCUAGGUGGCGCGGUUGCACGGAGCGUUAACGAAAAAUAGUUUGAGUGUUGCUAACUGGUAGGUCGGCCCAGAAGGGCGCAGGAUCGGGAAAAGUGGCAUGCUCUCGUUUCGGAGGCCAAGACCUUCUCUGGGUCGCUGAGCCAUAUUAGUUAGUUAGUUGCUAACGGGCGCGGACGCGUGCGACGGAUUUUACCUACAAUAGCGACCGCGUGUGUGCGCCCACUCCGUGCACUGGCGCCUGCUAGUGGCCGCCCUUAAUACGAAUUUCUCGAUCCAAUGUAUGUGUAUAUUAUGUAAGUAUUGUCUCAGCAUGGUAUUCCAUCUGUCCAAUAUCUGGGUCGAAUGUGUAUUUGCGUCUCAAAUUUUGCAUAAUGAGAGAGAUGCAUUACACAUUGGACAGGUGGAAUACCACCCUAACAUGAGAAAAAAUGUGUCAUCUCGGAAACUAUACUGAAACGCACCCAACUUCAGUCAGUAGAAAAUACGUGAAAUUCAAAUUUUCUAUGGGAAGUCAAUUUAUCGCGCAUAUUUUUUUUUAAUUUGCCGCAUUUUCUACUGACAAGGUGAUGAGGACGCUGUGCCUGAGCAUAAUAUUAUAAGUAGCCUUACCCGCGUUUUCACUUAGUGGUCUACAAAUGUUUCGUCUUCCCAUUCACUAUUGGAGCAAGUGUUUCCAUUUACUGAACGAUUGCUCGCUCAAAACUGUUCAGUACCCCUAGUGUAAAUGUCAUUCGAUAAGUGACAUGACGUACGUUUGCGUUAAGUGUCAUUUUAUAUGGGGUUUAGAGUUUCCAAAACGUCCCGCUUGGCGCGCUGUUCAAAAUUCCAUACAAAAAUAGACAAAACGCGAACGCAAGUCACGCUAUCGAA